GUAUUGCUUCAUAAACAUUUUUCGCCUACGAUAGCCAUGCAGGAGACAAUCUGUGCUACGUUUUUGACAAAAUAAUUAGUUUUUAAAUUCACAUAUUAUGGAGCAGGCCAAAUCUAAUUCACCCAAACUAUUUGUGAGCACCGCAAUAGAAAAUAAGGAUGAAGUGGAAGAGAGGUACGAAAGGGCUUACAACUAUUUUCAAUCUCUUGUAGCGGACUGCACCGAAAAAGAAGCACAUGACGCCCUUAAUAACGCAGUCUGUAAAAAUCAUGAGGAAGUUUCAGUUGGCAUGCUCAUGUCUAUACUUACAGAACCGCAGAAUGCUACAAAAUGUUACAGAGAUCUUACACUUAUAACCAGAGAUGGACUAACGUGUGUGCUUAAUAAUCUAUCCAAUUUAAUUUUAGAAAGGUACUUAAAGUUUUCGGACACUACAAGGAACCAAUUAAUGUGGCUAAUAAAAGAGAUGAUUAGAAAUGCAGUUACAGGAAUAGAUAAUGUUUGUUGGAAUUUAAUGCGAUACGCAUCCGGAGGCGAUAUAACACCCAAAAAUAUUAUAUUAGUAGAAUCUCUGUUGGACAUGUUUAUUGAACAUAGAGGUUGGUUGGAUAAGUUCCCUGUACUUAUAUGCAUGGUUGUGUAUACAUACUUAAGGCUUGUAGAAGACCAUAAUAUACCCCAGUUAAUGAACCUAAGACAGAAAGAAGUUAACUUUGUUAUCACUCUCAUAAGGGAACGUUUUACUGAUGUCUUAUCUUUGGGAAGAGACUUAGUAAGACUGCUUCAAAAUGUUGCUCGCAUACCAGAGUUCAAUCAGCUUUGGCAGGAUAUCUUGGUCAAUCCCAAAUCAUUAAGCCCUACAUUUACCAAUGUGCUACAAUUGUUACAAACACGAACAUCUAGAAGGUAUCUUCAGUCAAGAUUAACUCCGGACAUGGAAAGGAAAUUAGUUUUUCUAACUUCACAAGUUCGGUUCGGUCACCACAAAAAGUAUCAAGAAUGGUUCCAGAGACAAUAUCUUGCCACACCAGAGUCACAAUCACUAAGAAGUGAUAUGAUAAGGUUUAUUGUUGGAGUAAUUCAUCCCACUAAUGAACUUCUCUGUUCUGAUAUAAUUCCCAGAUGGGCAGUGAUUGGUUGGCUCCUUACAACUUGUACGUCAAAUGUAGCUGCAUCAAAUGCUAAAUUGGCCCUGUUUUAUGAUUGGCUUUUUUAUGACCCUGAAAAAGACAACAUUAUGAAUAUAGAACCUGCCAUCCUUGUUAUGCACCAUUCAAUGAGAUCACAUCCAGCAGUGACUGCAACAUUAUUAGAUUUCUUGUGUCGAAUCAUUCCAAACUUCUACCCACCAUAUGCAGAGAAAGUUAGACAAGGAAUAUUCAAUUCCCUUCAACAAAUAAUUGAGAAAAGGGUUUUGCCAAAUUUGCAUCCUCUGUUUGACUCUCAAAAGUUGGACCGAGAAUUGCGUUCUACUGUAAGAGAAACCUUUAAAGAAUUUUGUACGAAUGGAAAUGGUGAAGGUGUAUCUGGCAUACGCGAUGAGGGUACUGAUGAUGCAAUACCAAGAGUUGGGUCCGAUGAACCAGCAUUCUCGGAUGAUGAAGAAGAGACCAUUACACCAACUAUAGCAGAAGAUACUGAUGAUGAUGAUUUACCUUUAUCAGAAGUUCGUGCCAGAGAAAGACCUGAACUAGCUGCUGCACUGCCGUUAGUUUUGCGACCACUAGCAGAAACGCUUCUGGAUGAGCGAACAUCAUCUUCCGCAACUGCUUUGCUUGAUGCAUGCGGAUCUCCAUCGCCAACGCCGAAAGCUCUCGCAGAUCUUUUUGCUGCUGCGGUUCAAGAAGCAACACCUCUACGUAUAAGCAACAAUCCCGCUCCAGCCGAAUUAGAUAAUGCAAUAAAUUCACCGCUUUUUUCCAUGUUCAAUUAUCUAAUAGACUCGAGUAGUGGAGCUGAACAUAAACGGAAACUGGUAUUAGAAACGUUCAAAGAAAUCCACAGUCAAGGUUCUCUGAGAUGUGUCGGAUUUAGCCUACUGUUUUAUUUAAGAGUCUGCUACGAAAGAGAUCGUCGUUCAGAACGAGAUUCGGCGAAAAGACGUAACGUGAAAUUCAAAGCUGACGUUUAUAAGGACUACUGUAGUUAUUUAGAAUUAAAAUUAGCCGAGAGCUUAGCGGACGAUUUCGAAAGGUGCCAAGAAUACGACACCAAUGUUUUAGUUUGGUUAAUACCAGAUGUUUAUAGAGAGUUCAAAGACCAAGCACAGAAUCAUAUAAGAUUAUUGCAUGCAAUCGUAUCAACCCUAGAUGCGUGUCAACUUCAAAGACUAAUCUGUUUGACAUUACAAGGAAAUUUAAUGAUGUUCAAAUCGGACGAUAUCACGACAAUGUUGUCGACCAGCCUUGGAUGGGAGACGUUCGAACAGUAUUGUCUGUGGCAACUUUUAACCGCACACGACAUAUCCGUUGAGGAUGUUUUACCGAUCAUUCCGAAGUUAUCAUUCAAAGAGCAUUCGGAGGCGCUCACGUCCGUUCUUUUAAUGUUGAAGCAGGAAAGACCGACCGCCGAUGUCGUAAGACAGUUGUUCUGUAGAACAUACGACGAGGAGGAUACAUCGGUGGUCUCAACGUUGAUGUAUUGGUGCCAAGAUUACGAAGAUAAAGUCGGUGAUUUAGUCGCGGCAUUGUUGAGUACGCGCUAUCCGGGUACUAGUCCGAACAAGCGAAAACGUCCAGGGAAAUACAGCAUGCCACCAAACGCACCGCCGUCUGCAGAGUUGGUGCUCAAACAUUUGGAGCAGAUGAGAAUGUGCUGCGUUGAACAAGACGACAUGUCGAUUUUCAACAUGGAAUGUAUGCAGAAGGCCCUACAACAAGCUCAAUCGAAUAGUAGCGAUAGUUUAAGGAGACAAUAUAGUGAAUUAUUUUCUUUGGCGUGGGAAGACGAAUUACCCAUAUCUAGACGUGCUAGGAAAUUAGUUUCGAAUUCAAUGCCAAUCAACGCGAACUUGCAUUCUUCGAAUGAGGAUAGUGAGGAAGAAGAGAUUGUGAAGCCGAAACAAGCUAAACGUCGCAAGAAGGCAAUUUCGGACAGUGAUUGACAUAUCUUGUACCGUAAAUGGACAGUAAUCUUGUUGAACGUUAAAGUGCAACUCAAUAUAUAAACAUGAUACAUUGCGUCUCGCUUGUUGUUACCUUACGAGUUAGGUAUCGUUCUAAGAAUGGAGCCUAGAUUUGAUCUUGGUAGUUUGUCACGUUGUACAGCUGCUGUCAUUGUUUUCGAGGAUAAAUUAAUUUUCCGGUGUCGUUUUUUUUUUGUAAUGUGACCUACUUUGUGUUGUGACGGAAUAGAACUGUCUUAUAUAAAAUGAAUAAAAUGAUUGUAAAAAUAAAACGAAUGUAAGUAAAAUUUGUGUGAAUAAAGAUAAAAGUGGCCUCAUUCAAAUGUAAAAGUUUAAUUUGAAUGUACAUUUAAAAUUGGAGGAUAGCAAUUUUGUUAUGAUUGUUGUUCGAUGUCUGCGAGUGUACAGAGUGCUUAGUGCGAGUUUCUUAACGUUGUCGAUAGCGUAAAAGUUAACCCAAUUUUGUAUGCAGUUGGAACAGCGCCCCUAGCGGCAAACGUACGCAAACGAUCCUAUUCCAUACAACUAAGAGCUAACUUUUACGCUAUCGAGAACGUUAAAAAACUCGCACUAAGCACACGGAACGAGGCAGUUCUAAAACGCACAAGUACAUAAAUAUCAGGGAGUAGUCAAUAUAAAUGAUAGAUAAAUUAUCCUAUUGAUGUACAGUUUUUUUAUCUCCAUACAAUGUUAAACUUAUUUUAAGUGUAAGUAUGAGACCAAGUGUUUUAUUCAAGAGAUAUAUUGUAUUAACGCAAUUUUCGAAAUACAUUUUACAUAAGGAUCAAUAAAGUAUU